UUUUUGAACCUUUUAUAUCAUAUUUUACUCUUAUCUUUUCUAUGUUUUGAUACACAAAUAGUUAGCAUUGUGUUACAAUUCUCUACAGUAUUCAGUACAGCAACAUGCUGUACCAGUUUGUAGCCUAGGCGCAAUAGGCUAUACCAGAUAGCCUAAGUGUGUAGUAGGCUACGCCAUUUAGGUUUGUGCAAGUACAUUCUAUGACGUUCGCACAAGGAUGAAAUAGCCUAACACAUUUCUCAGACCACAGCACUAUCGUUGAGUUAUGCAUGACCUUAUUUACUAUAUGGCCGCUUACAGAAAAAGUUUGCCAAUCAUGACCUACUACGACGACAAACCCUAUGUCAAUAAUCAAAAGAAUCCAAGUAAGAACCAGACUACUUCAGUGCUUUAUAAAUGUGCCUGACCCUGGAACGCAUUAUUUCCAAUUCAGGAUUGGUGUUUCCUGACACACACAAGUCAACUCAAAAGGAAGGUUCGCUUUAUUAUUAUGUGCUUAAAAAAAUUUUCUUUACCAUUUAAAAAAUAUUUUUAAGGUGUUUAAGAACUCCUUGGACUUAAAAUAUAUGUGAAAAAAUGUUCACUUGCUGAGUAGCAGAUCACAUAAUACUGAAAAGAUCAUAUGUGAAAAACAGAUCACAUAAUUUUGAAAAAUUAUCUUGCACAUAAUACGUAAAUAUUCAGUCUUCCACCACAACAUACGUACAUUUAUAUUUAUAAUGACAGGCAUUAAUCACAGAAAAUUCUAUUAAGAAAAGGCACUCGCAUAAGCACCUUAACUUCUUGCAGUGGUCCAGGACUCACAGUUUCCCUAGCUUCUACCUUCAGGGAAACUGUAUGCUGCUUCUGGACCUUUAUUAUUUGCACGAUCAUGCCCGUGCUGUUGUUUACGACACAUACUAGCAAUGAGCCAUUCAGCCUAUUUAUUUACUCAGGGCCCAAAAUCUGAACAAUAACAACUGAAAAAAACUUAUUGUAACCCAAGCAAGAUGAAGACUGGAAUCAAAAAAGGCCUUAUCAGACAAGUAAUACACACUGGUUUAAUUAAAUACCCUGGAGUGUGGUGGCCUUAUAAAUAAGGUCUAGCCAACAUUCAUUCGUUCCUAUUCCAAGACCCUGCUUAUCAACGGUGCAAGUAUUUCCACAUAAUUUUCUCUUCCUUUUAUGCUGUAGAACAUACUGCUUGUGGGAAGUGGAGGGAAGGCCCACGGUCCCGACAAUGUUUGGGCAGGGUACCUCGUUCCAGGUGGAUCGCCCACCUUAAUGCUGCAUAAACCUGCUGUGUACCCCAGUCCCGGCCCGACGUCCUCUAGCCCCUCUUCCCAGCACUCAGGACGGCUGAUUUCAGAUGACCAAAGGCCACCCUGUGACAACAGCGUCGGAACCACGGCACUUCCGCCUGCGGCCGGUGGGACUACAAAUCCCAGCAGCCCCGCGCAAGUCUCGUCCCACUACCACCUCCUCCCAUCACGACUCCCAGAACCCUCCGCGAGACGCCAGGGCCUCGAAAUAGAACAAAACCGGCCGGUGGGGGAGGGGGAAGGUGAGGGUCUCGGAGGACGCAGGGGGUUAGAGAGCUCUCUGCAGAUGCCGAAGACCCAAGCCGGCCUGUCGCCUACCUCUCCCAGCCCCACAAUUGCUAGGCGCGGAGACCGCGGCCUGUUCCCCGCGCCUCCCGGGAAACUGAGGAAGGUCCCGGGCAGGCUUCCCCGCCGGCUCCUGCUAAGAGGUCCGCAGACCCUAGCCCGGUGUCCCCCUCCCUCUCAUAAUGUUCCCCGCACACCGGCGCAAACCUCCGGCUCAGGAACCGCAGCAGCUUCGCUGUCCACGGCAGACGCAGAAACGCCGUUCACAAGCCUUUUCCCAGCAGCCCCCGGCGCGGGCUGCUUCCGGUCUGCGGGCCUGAGGAGGCGGGGAGAGAGAUGAGUUCUUCCUGUGUUUCCCAGGCUGCUCUCCAACUCCUGGGCACAAGUGACCCUCCUGCCUUGGCCUCCUAAAUUGCUAGGAUUGCAGGUGUGAGCCACCGUGCCUGGCCUCCAUUCUAUUAUUCUUAAUUAUUUGUAAAAUACUAAAUGGAAACCACAGUAAGGUUUUCCUCACUAAGUUACUCCUUUGAGGGCAGGGGCUACUAACACCUGCUUUGAAACAUCAUCCUUCUGAGGUCCUCUGGGAUUUUUUCCUGAAUGGUGGCCCUUGUUGCCAUCUUAAAGAUCUAAUCAAGAUAAAACAUCAUGUUCCUCUGGACAACCUGAAUGGAGGGAGCAGCUUCAUACCAGGGUCCGACAACCUUGCACAUAUCCACAUAGGCCACAUAGGCAAUGCCUGAACUACAGCUGAUCUGAGUCUUGGCAGAACACCUUGGGAUCCUCCCAGAAGAUGAGUGCAUGAGAGGCUUGUAAGCAGCUACUGCAAGGCCGUUUCCCACUCAGCUCUCUGUCUUCCAAAGAGACUAUCAUGAGGCAGUUUUUAUUGCUUCCUGGGUUCCAAUGAGCCAUUCUGCCUUACCCUUUUAGAGUACAGCUGCAGGUUAUAACAAGGCUUAGCUGCAGCAUGGCAUUAACCCCUCAGCAACAAGGUGUCCACAGUGUAUGCUGUAGUCAUCCAGCCCCUUCUGUUUUGGUGUCAUCAUUUUGGUAUCUGAGACAAAAGCUCAUGGAGAGCUGGCACUUGCUUUUGCUUUCAAUGUCUGUGCAAAUAAUAAUAUGUUUAAAUUCAAAAAGGGUUCGUUACUAGCCAAAUCUUUCAACCUUGCCUUGAUACCAAAUAUCUGAUUCGUUAAUUAAUAGUAAAAUGUACAAAACAACCAGACAGAUACUACCUGGGUACCAGAGAUAUAGAGAUGAAUAAAAUGAAGUCAUGAUCCCGACUUUGUUUUUCCCUUUAAAAGAGAUGAGGUCUCACUCUGUUGCCCAGGCUGGAGUACAGUGGCGUAAUCACAGCUUGCUGCAGCCUCGCACUCCUGGUAGGGAUCCUCCCACCUCAGCCUUCUAAAACGCUAGGAUUACAGUUGUGAGCCACCAUGUCCAGUUUGAUUCCUUCUUUUACAUUACCAUCUUGUUAAGGAAAUAAACAACAACAGAAAAAAACAAGUAUUCACAAGGCAGUGUAGAAGUGCUACAGUAGAGAAGAGCAGAAGGCCUGCAAGGGCUCCUAAAUGAGAUGGUGUGCUGAGAGGGAAGUGAGGCACCCUGAAAUGGAGGAAGUCAGCCAAAAAAGUUUCCAGGCUGGGCAUGAGUGGCCUGCACCUUUGGUCCCAGCUACUCAAGAGACUGAGGUGGGAGGACUGCUUGAACCUGAAGGGUUGAGGAUGCAGUGAGCUCUGAUCGCAUCACUGUACUUAAGCCUUGUGGACAGAGCGAGAUCGUGAUCAAAAAAAAAAAAAGUGUUCACAUUGGAAGGAAAGCAUAGACCUUCAGAUUUGGUGUUAUCAGAUUCCAUCCAAGACUGAUUUUUUUUCCAGGCUUUGGAGCUGUCAGUCCCCUUCAGCUCAAAAGUAUCUCCCUCUGGGCACUUUAAGUACAUUGCUUUAAGAUUCCAUUUUAGCUAGUUAAGUAUACAGUAUGAGGAGUCUUUUCAUUGCAAGUGACUGAAAACCUAAGAGGCAGCAUUGUUAGCUUCCCGCACAAAGCGCUUCCCCUUACUUCUAAUACAUUUCUGAUUUUUUUGGAUGGAGAGGGGGAACAGUGUGCCCAGCUGUAAGCAAUAAAUUGUAAUUGAGCUAAGCUAUCCAUGACCAUUCUGCUUCCCUGUGCCAGAUACUCGCUUUGCCUUGCUGGCGCUGAGGAAUGGGUAUGUGAUUCAUUUCUGGUCCAUGAGAUAUAAGGGGAAAUAGUUUGUAUCUUUGAAGAAAUCUAUCUAAAUUCAUUUAAAUUGUCAGAUUUAUUGGCAUAAAGUUGUUCACAAUUAUUUCCUUAAUAUCUUUAAUGUCAGUUCCUUAAUAUCUUUUUAAUGUUUGUAGCUAUGUCCCCUCUUUCAUUCUUGACAUUGCUAAUUUCUAGUUUCUUUUUUCUUAAUCAAGACUUCAAGUUUUGCUCGAGGCUUAUCAAUUUUAUUAAUUUUUCAAAGAAUCAACUUUUGGCUUUGUUUAUUUGUUUCAUUAUUUGUUCUCUAUUUAUGGAGUUCCUCCCCUUUUAAUAAAAUUAACAGACAGCAAAAUAUGGCACUUUUGGGGGGGCAGAUAUUUCUGAGUUUUAGAUUUGUGAAACGACCACCAAAAUCAUGAUACACAAUAGUUCCAUCAUUCUAUAAAACUCCAUCAGGUUGUACUCACGCCUUCGCCACAUCCCAAUUCAUGGCAACCACAGAUUUGUCAUCUGUCACAAUAGUAUUGACUUGUCCAGAAUGUAAUAAAAAUGGAAUCAUAAA